AUGUCAAUUAAACCACCACAAAACGGUGCUGCAGACUUUCGUAACAGAAAGGGUUAUAGUUCCAUUGCAGUGCAAGCUAUUGUGGAUGAUCAAUAUUUAUUUAGAAAUAUUCCAGCACAUAAUCUUGGCUGUGCACAGGUUGCAUCAAUGUUUAGGGGCAGUUCUCUAUACAAAAACCUUAAUACAAUAAUUCCUGAAAACCAUAGGGAAAUCGGUGGAAUUUACAACGCCUCAAAUGAAGCUAUGCUUUUUAAACUUCCUUAUUAUAUUAUUGGUGAUGCAGUUUAUCCGCUUUGUAACUGGAUUAUGAAAAAUUAUAGGAACGAGUUAACUUUUGAAGAGACAUCCUUCAACUUAUAUUUGAAUCAAGCACGAAUUGUUGUGAAGCAAGCAUUUGGUCGCUUGAAAGGAAGAUGGAGAAUACUUUAUAAGAAGAGCGACCUGGAUGUUUACAAUAUGCCGCUUGUGAUAAUAGCGUGCGGAAUUCUUCACAAUUUUGUGGAGAUAUCUAAACAACGUUAUAAUUCCUCAUUGGAUGUAGAAAGAAUCCACGGCGAAAGUGAAUACCCCCAACCUGAAUAUAUGUACAAUCGACAAAAUUCGUCGUCCGGACAUUUUAUACGAGAUCAUAUACUUCUACAUAGAAGCAAUUAA